UCACCUGUUCUGAAUGUGGAAAGAGUUUCAAAAAUAAGAGGAUCCUUAAUGACCACAUGACCAGUCACUCCGAAGAGAAAGCUUUCAUCUGUUCUGAAUGUGGAAAGAGUUUCAAAAAGAAGAGGAUCCUUAAUGACCACAUGAUUGUUCACACUGGAGAGAAACCUUUCACAUGCUCUGAGUGUGGAAAGAGUUUCAAAAUGAAGAGGAUCCUUAAACAACACAUGAAAAUCCACAGUGGAGAGAAACCUUUCACCUGCUUCGUGUGUGGAAAGAGUUUCAAAAUGGAGAAGGUCCUUAAACAACACAUGAAAAUUCACACUGGAGAAAAGCCUUUCACCUGCUCUGAGUGUGGAAAAGGUUUCACAGUGAAACAAAACCUUAAAUAUCACAUGAGAAACCACACUGGAGAGAAACCCUUUACCUGUUCUGAGUGUGGAAAGAGUUUCAUCGUCAACAAGAGUCUUAAGCAACACAUGAAAGUUCACACUGGAGAGAAGCUUUUCACCUGCUCUGAGUGUGGAAGGAGCUUUGGUUUUAAACAAUCCCUUGAGAAGCACAUGAGAAUUCACACUGGAGAGAAACCUUACAUAUGCGCUGAGUGUGGAAACAGUUUCAGAGAGAGACAAAAUCUUAAUGUUCACAUGAGAAUUCACACUGGUGAAAGGCCAUAUGUGUGCCCUCACUGUGGAAAGUGUUGCAGAUUGAGAAAAAACCUUCAGAAUCACAUAAGCAUUCACACUGGAGAAAAGCCUUUCAUUUGCCCUCUGUGCGGAAAGAGUUGCAGAAUAAGACAAAACCUUCAGAGACACAUGAGAAUUCACACAGGAGAGAAGCCUUACAGCUGUUCCGAGUGUGAAAAGAGUUUCACAAUGAAACAUCGCCUUACGAGACACAUGAGAAUUCACACGGGAGAGAGGCCUUUCGACAGUUCAGAAAACCCACCAGCUAUUGAAUAUGUGAUAUAGAUUUGGCCAUUUGACACAAUAAGAAUAAAUGUAAUACCGUUACAAUUAGUGUACUUGCAGCAACUGCAGGCAGUCUUGAUGAUUCAUUAGCUGUGUUUCCACUGUCGGGCUUAAAGCAGGCGUGCUAGUGCGUGCCAGGGCCAGUCGCGUUUCCACUGUCACUUCCGGGGCUUGAUCGUGCCUCGUCGGGGCUUCCUCGGGGCCAACGGCCAGGGUUUUUUGGCCCGACGAAAAAAGCGGGCCAGCUGGGGAUAGAGGAGUGGUUAUGAACAAAGGCGGAGUUUCUCCGCAUCUGGAGAGCGUCAGCGCAGAUCAUUUCAGAAAGAUAACAGCUAUAACACCAGCAUUAAAGACUUUUAAAAAAUAAGUGGAGCUCAAAACUCACUCUUAGUCAGCAGCGAGUGUUUGAAAUAACUUG